ACGAUACCACAAUUGCAAUUUGGCAAAAUGAGGGUUUGCCUUCAGAUCGAAUGAGCACUGAAAAUGCAACCAUACUAUCAAACUCAGAUCGUUGGCCACUUAUGAUAGAUCCUCAGAGCGAUCAAAAUUGGUGACAAAGAGAUUGAGUACAGUUCCAACUUUAGGUUGAUUUUGCACACAAAAUUAGCAAAUCCUCACUACAAACCGGAAAUGCAGGCCCAAACAACUUUGGUUAAUUUUACUGUAACGAGAGAUGGAUUAGAAGAUCAAUUGUUAGCUGAAGUAGUUAAAGCUGAAAGACCUGAUUUAGAAGAACUGAAAGCGGAAUUAACCAAACAACAAAAUGAGUUUAAGAUACAACUGAAGAAAUUGGAGGAUAAUUUACUAUCUCGGCUUUCGUCAGCUGGAGAAAACAUACUAGGAGAUACGGCAUUGAUAGAAAAUUUAGAAAUCACAAAGAAAACGGCUGCUGAUAUCGAAAAAAAGGUCACAGAAGCCAAAGUGACAUCGCAUCAAAUAGAUCAAGCCAGAGAAUUUUAUCGGCCAGCUGCUGCUAGAGCGUCUCUUUUAUAUUUUAUUCUGAAUGACUUAAAUACAAUCAAUCCUAUUUAUCAAUUCUCACUAAAGGCUUUCAGUGUUGUAUUCCAAAAGGCUAUCUGUAAAGCCGAACCUGCAGACGAAGUGGCUCAAAGAAUAAGAAAUCUAAUUGAUUGCAUUACCUACUCAGUUUUCCAAUACACGUCGAGAGGGCUAUUUGAAUGUGAUAAAUUGAUUUUUGCGUCUCAAAUGACGUUCCAGAUUUUACUUAUGAGUGAAGAAGUAUCACCAGUGGAGCUAGAUUUCUUCCUCCGAUUCCCAGUUAAGCCUCACGUCACGAGUCCGGUAGAUUUUCUGUCUAAUCAGAGUUGGGGCGGAAUAUGUUCCCUGGCGAGUAAAGAUGAGUUUAGAAAUCUUGACAGAGACAUAGAAACGUCGCCAAAGAGAUGGAAAAAGAUUGUGGAAAUGGAGUGUCCUGAACGUGAGAAAUUUCCACAAGAAUGGAAAAAUAAAACUGCUCUUCAACGACUUUGUAUGCUCAGAGCUUUACGACCUGAUCGAAUGACGUAUGCAGUAGCAACUUACAUAGAAGAGAAGAUGGGCACUAAAUAUGUCGAAAAUAGGACUAUGGAAUUUAGUAAGUCGUUUGAAGAGACAAGUCCUACCACUCCAAUAUUCUUUAUUCUGUCUCCCGGAGUCAAUCCUCUCAAAGAUGUAGAGGCUCUAGGGAAAGCUAUGGGUUUUAAUACUGAUAAGGGUAACUUCCACAACGUCUCGUUGGGUCAGGGUCAAGAGGUGGUGGCCGAGCAAGCGAUGGAUGAAGCUCUGAAGAAAGGUCACUGGGUUGUAUUACAGAACAUUCACCUGGUUAAGAAAUGGUUGCCAAGCCUUGAAAAGAAGAUGGAAAGUUACGCGCAUGGAUAUCACGAAGAGUACCGGCUAUUCAUGUCUGCAGAGCCCGCUGCUACUGCGGCUGCCCACAUCAUACCGCAAGGGAUACUGGAGUCUAGCAUUAAAAUCACCAAUGAACCUCCGACGGGAAUGCAGGCAAAUCUUCAUAAAGCCCUUGAUAACUUUAACCAAGAGACUUUAGAGAUGUGUGGAAAGGAAGCUGAAUUCAAAGCCAUUUUAUUUUCUCUGUGCUACUUCCACGCCGUCGUUGCGGAAAGACGUAAAUUUGGUCCUCAAGGUUGGAAUAAGAUAUAUCCAUUUAACGUUGGUGAUUUAACGAUCAGCGUAUUUGUACUGUACAAUUAUUUAGAAGCCAAUUCUAAAGUACCCUGGGAGGAUCUACGAUAUCUGUUUGGUGAGAUAAUGUACGGCGGACAUAUUACUGACGACUGGGAUAGAAGAUUGUGUAACGCUUAUCUGGAAGAGUUAAUGCAACCUGACCUGGUGGAUGGAGAGUUGCAGCUGGCUCCAGGUUUCCCCGCGCCCCCUAACACAGACUACGCGGGCUACCAUCAGUACAUCGAAGAUGCCAUGCCCGCCGAGUCUCCUUAUCUCUACGGUCUGCACCCCAACGCAGAGAUCGGAUUCCUCACCACCACCUCGGAGAACCUGUUCAGAACUAUAUUUGAGAUGCAGCCAAGAGACGCACAGGCUUCUGGGGCUACUACUGUUACUAGAGAAGAUAAGGUCAAACAAAUGCUCGAUGAAAUAGCGGAGAAGCUGCCAGAGGAAUUCAACAUGGUGGAGAUAAUGGGCAAGGUCGAAGAGCGGACGCCAUACGUGAUCGUGGCGUUCCAGGAGUGCGAGAGGAUGAACCACCUCACUGGAGAGAUGAAGCGCUCCUUGAGGGAACUGGACUUAGGAUUAAAGGGAGAGCUUACCAUUACAUCAGAUAUGGAGGAGUUGGAAAAUGCUCUGUUUUUAGAUCAGGUGCCGGCGAUUUGGGCCAACCGGGCGUACCCGUCGCUGCUGGGACUGUCCGCCUGGUUUGUGGAUCUGCUGCUGAGACUGCGAGAGCUGGAGACCUGGGCAACAGAUUUUGUGCUGCCAACGUCAGUGUGGUUGGGAGGGUUCUUCAACCCUCAGAGUCUGCUGACGGCGAUUAUGCAGAGCACAGCGAGGAGGUACGAGCUGCCGCUGGAUAAGAUGUGCCUCCAGUGUGACGUCACCAAGAAGAUGAAGGAGGAAUUUACCAUCGCGGACUCCCGCGGGACGCCGAGAGAUGGCGCUUACGUGCAUGGUCUGUUGAUGGAGGGAGCGCGGUGGGACGCUCAGACCGGCAUCAUAAUGGACGCACGCCUCAAGGAUCUGUUCCCGCCGAUGCCAGUUAUCAACGUGCGGGCAAUAACACAAGACAAGCAGGACUUGCGAAACAUGUACGAGUGUCCCGUUUACAAGACCCGCACGCGUGGUCCUACCUACGUGUGGACUUUCAACCUGAAGACCAAGGAUAAACCCGCCAAGUGGACGCUAGCUGGGGUGGCGCUCUUGCUGCAGACAUAAAACUCAAAAGUCAUAAGCAAAAUAUUUUUUUCACGUAGGGCCAGAAAUAACACUUAUGAAUACCAAAUUCAAACAUUUUACCAUUAACCACCUACCAACUUACUUAGGAAAGGUUAAAUGCUUAAAUGAGAAGAGGCAAGAAACUCAUUGUCACUGAAAUAACGUAUGAAUACCAAAAUUAAAUAUUUUGUCAUUUACCACCAACUACUUACCACACUUACUUAGGAAAGUUUAAAUGCUUUAAUGAGAAGAGGCAAGAAACUCAUUGUCACUUAAAUUACGUAUGAAUACCAAAGUCAAACAUUUUACCAUCUACCACCUACUACUUACCACACUUACUUAGGAUAAGUUAAAUGCUUAAAUGAGAAGAGGCAGGAAACUCAUUGUCACCUUUAAAUUACGCAUUCAUACUGACUAUAUGACUGAAUAUUGGUAACGGCCGUAUGACAGCUGUGAUAAAACGUCGAUAAAAAUUGACUUCAGAACUAAUUUCUAUUUUUAGCACUUCACGCACACUAACACAAAGUGUCAUACAAAUUGCGAGUGUAAGACGUAGCUUGUCACGCGCACUAAUCUAAUAUUCCUGGCCUAUUUUUAUCGGUUCCCUAACAGCAAGAGACGUAUCUCGACGUAUAAAUUUAUUAUUAUUUAUUUAUAGCUUUAUUUCCUUACAUCUAUAAAUUUACUUAUAAAUUGUAUUUGUUAGUAUGUGUUAGUAUUUCACUGUUUUAAAUAAAAAUACUUAUUUUGUUAGUAAAAUUAGUUAUUAUUUCCGACAUAAGGACCGCCUUUAGCGGUAAAAGCCUCCUAUACGUAUAAAUUAUCGAAGUUAUUUUCAUUUGAGUAACCAUGAAUGUGUUUGUAAAUGAUAUGUCGUUGGGCUGUAUUUUCAUAAGUUUGUAUCUUUAUACCAUUAAUGUAAUAAAAAAAAAACAAUUAAGGAAAGUAUCACAAGUCACUAAAGUCCAUAGGCACAUUAAUUACAAGUGAUCAAAUCACGCCUCUUUAGACGAAAUAUUAAAAAGAUAUAAGAAAAUAC